AUGCUGCCUACGCCCUCUACUUCUCAUGUAGAGUUCGACAGAAUCUACGAGCCGGCCGAGGACUCGUAUCUGCUGCUCGAUACCCUGUCUUCCGAGAGCGAGAAAGCCUUCCUGCAGCAGCGGUUCAGCCGCGGGACGAGCGAUGUUGUCGCGCACGACCCGCCGUCGCCAUUCGUGGUCGAGAUCGGGACGGGGUCGGGCGUCGUGCUCUCGUUCGUCGACGCCCACGCGGAGACGAUCUUCGGGCGGGCAGACAUCCUCAGCGCGGGCGUGGACGUGAAUCGAUAUGCGUGCGCGGCGGCGGGCCGCACGGUGAGCGUGGCGGAGCAGGAACAGGUCGCGAAGGGGGAAUCGCAUGGGUUCCAUCUGGGGAUUGUUGCGGGAGAUCUGGUGGGCGCGUUAAGGCCGGCGAUGGUGGAUGUCUUGAUCUUCAAUCCUCCUUAUGUGCCGACGCCGGACCUGCCAGCGCUACCUACGCUUUCGGAGGAGGUUGCGGCGCCUUCGUUUGAAGAGGAUUCGUAUUUGUUGUCUCUGUCUUAUGCUGGAGGGGCAGAUGGAAUGGAAACUACAGAUCGUUUGCUUGAUGCCUUGCCGGAAGUCUUGAGCAGGGAACGAGGCUGUGCCUACAUAUUACUCUGUGCGCAGAACAAGCCAGAGAAUGUGAAGCAGCGGAUCAGGAAUUGGGGAAAGGAGUGGAAGGCAGAGACAGUUGGAAGUAGUGGGAAGAAAGGGGGAUGGGAAAAGCUGCAGAUAAUCAGGAUAUGGCGCGUGGAGAGUCUCUCACAGGAAGAAGAGCCCAAAUAA